AUGAACAUAAUAAACUCACUAGGAACAAGGGAUUUUAUAGGAAUAAUUGUAUCGAUUAUUCUUGUAUACAUCGCAAAAUUUUAUUACAAGUAUUUUACACGACCAAAUCCUUUGCCGAGACCAAUUCCGCUUCCUAUUUUUGGAGAUUUAUUAGCAAUUUUUUAUUAUGCCAAAGGUGAUGUGACACUAUGGUUCAAAUUACUACAGGAAAAUCAUGGGGAUAUUUUUGAAACAUAUAUUGGAAGUUUCCGAAGAAUUGUACUCGCUCGAGCUGAUUAUGUUGAAAAAUUAAUGUCAGCGUCCACAAAAACCAAUUACGUAUUGAGAUCAGAAAAAUUGCCAGAAUUUGAUGAAUUAAACACUACAGGAAAAGGAAUUUUAUUUAAUACAGACAUUCCUACUUGGAGACUUAAUCAACAAUACUUUACACAAGUUGUUCUUACUCCUAGUUUCUCAAAAGAGGCCUUACAUCAAACUCCAAUACUUUUCAAAGAAUUAAAUGGAUAUUGGAAAGAAAUUGGAGAUGAAGAACCAAUUGACUUUUCGAAAUGGAUUCAUAAAUUCACCACUGAAACUAUCUUUCAAUUGGUUGUUGGAUUAAAAAUUAGUACAUUGGCAAAAUAUUUUAAUGAUAGCGUAGAAUUAUCCAAGAGAAAGUGUAUUGAACCAUAUUGA